AAUCUGUAUUUUCAUCUCAACAGAAGAGCAGAUGGUAACCUUUACAGAGGAUGCCAAUUUGAGGCCCGAAGGUGUCGAAUUGGAAAUCCAGGAAAACAAACCUUUCACACUAAACUGUACCGUGACUGGAAUGCCGAGACCUGUUGUGAAAUGGUACAAGGAUGGCGAACUUCUGACGCAAUACAGCGAAUUCUUUGAUGGGACAACCUUUUUCAACAAUAAUGAGCAGAGCAUUGAAUUUACCUACAUCUUUGAGCAGAAGCAUGUAGGCACCUAUUCCUGUCAUGCAAAAAACAGGCUUGGUGUUCUGGAGGGGAGUUUAACAAUCACCGUCCCAGCUCCAGGACUUAGUACUGCAACAAAAAUUGGCCUGGCAUUUGCCUUCAUUGGAAUAUUGAUCCUGAUAGUCGUUGUAUUUGUGCUCGUGAGAAGGGUCAAGGAAGAGAGAAAGUUCCGAAAAUCCUUCAGAAAGAACGAGUUGUACCUCUUUGAGAAAGGCAACAUUGGCCAGUUGAAUCCUGAUUGCACGGCAGAUGAGCAAGCUGAGUUAUUGCCUUAUAGCCCAGAGUGGGAGAUCCAACGAGAUGACAUAACUUUAGGAAGGCAGCUGGGUGCGGGAGCCUUCGGCAGAGUAAUCAAAGCCACCGUCACAGGCCUCUUUGAUGAUGAACCAAAGACUACAGUCGCUCUAAAGAUGUGCAAGAGUCAGUCGGAUCAGUCACAUGUCCAAGCGCUUACAAGGGAACUGAAAGUCAUGAUACACUUAGGCAAACAUUUGAAUAUCGUCAAUCUUAUGGGAGCCAAUACUGUCAAUGUUGGCAAGGGUGAGCUGUGGAUCCUGGUGGAAUACUGUCGCUAUGGCAACCUCCUAUCAUUCAUGCAUCGUCAUCGGAAGAACUUUGUCAACCAGAUAAACCCAGCGACUGGAAAGAUUGAUUCAAUGAAGAUUGUGCAAGAAGCAUCCACACCUCUCUCACCUGUGUCACAAGGGACAAGGAUUGGCUACCAACCAACUCCAAUCACAGACAUGGACGGUUACUUAGCACCAACGCCAACAAAAUUCAACUUAGCAUCUGUUCCUCGAGGGCACCACAACCCAUCCUCCCCCCCACAGUCUCCAACCUCAGUCACGGGCUCUUCAAAUGGGAGUUCAAGGCCUGAAGGACUACCUCAACAUUAUGUGGAUAACCCAGGAUAUAAUAAAGGCUUCAUUCGUUCAGUAAGUGAGUCUCAACCUGGGGAAAUGCAUCCGGCUUUUGGCGUCACAUCAAGCAGUACCUCUGGAGGAUCUCGUAUAUCAGACGCCAGGAAUUCCAAAGGCUCACACACGCCCUCUGACCAAAGAUCGGUUGGAUACUACCGAGAAAACCAACAAAUUGUCAAUACAGAUAUGACGUUGCUGCACUCAUCAGCCUCCCCUAUGUCUCCUAUGUCUAACUUCCCUCUCUCUCCAACCGAUUCUAACCAUGUAAGUGAUCUUGGAGUUGAUUCACAAGGGAACCCAUUCACCUUCGACACUGGCCUCAUUCCUGGGAUAACAGCACCAUUUACCACAAGUGAUCUGGUGUCUUGGGGCUGGCAGGUUGCGCAAGGCAUGGAAUACCUCUCACGUAGAAAGGUUUUACAUGGAGAUCUUGCAGCACGUAACCUCCUGUUAGCAGAUAAUAAUGUGGUCAAGAUCAGUGACUUUGGGUUAUCACGAGAUAUGUACAAAAAAGAUAUCUACAUGAAGAAGGGAGAUGAUUUGAUGCCUAUCAAAUGGAUGUCAAUAGAAGCCAUUCGCGACCGCAUCUUCAGUGUGCAGAGUGACGUGUGGGCAUAUGGAGUCACACUGUGGGAACUGUUCACUCUUGGUUCAACUCCUUAUCCAGGUGUAGAGGUGAACAAGGACUUCUUGACCUUCCUUGAGGAUGGAAAUCGAAUGGACAGGCCAAAAUAUGCAAACCAAGAAAUAUACAACCUCCUUCUUGAGUGUUGGAGUGUGGAGCCUCUGGAUCGUCCAACCUUCAGCAUGUGUGCAGAUAGAUUAGGAAUACUCAUGUUACCUGAUCUAAGAGAGCAAUACAUGACAAUGAAUGACCCAUAUGUGCUCAUGAAUGAGGAGCGCUUCCAAAAGGAGACAGAUUACCUCAACAUGCUAUCCAGUCCAGACUUCGAGAACCUGAACCGAAAGGAUGAACCCCAACAACACUACGUCAACGUCCCGGGUGUUGUUGGUGGCUACAGAGAAAGCAACUAUCUCAGUAUGAAGUCCCAGAUACAGUAGGCUACUCCCGAGUAGGCUUAAACCAUUCCUCUGUGUCUCAGGAACUGAAUCCAUCGUCCAACUCACACUACUUACCUAUGAGUUCCACCAGAGGAUCAGAUAGCCCCAUGGUAGACGUGUUCAGCCCACGCCCCGCUGAGGACUCCAGAUUCAGCUUUUGCCCCGAAGGGUCAGAAGAGCCCGCCCCCAGCAACUCACCUGACGAGGAGGCGAAAGAAAUGCUUGCUCUCGAUGCGUCCAAAGACCAGGAUACGGAAAAUUCAUCACUCAUAGGAGGGGGGUCCCACCAUGGCUCGAAAAACAGUCUUAGAGAUUCAGACAAGGACAAAACCUCCAUAAAAAAUUUGGAAAGCAAUUCCGCGAGAAACUCAGUGGACGAUCACACUGUGCCGUAUAUCAAUCUUGUGAGUCACGGAUGUGAUUAUGUGAACAUGUAAAGUGAUGAGACAUAUUGGUGCUUCCUUUUGUGAAGAGUGUGUGUGAGACUCUGCCUUUGUGGUACAAAAUGUUACUCUCAAAUCAUUCCAGUCUAUUAUGAUUUUCCAUUGGAAUUUGGAAUUAUGGAACAGAUUGGUGUAAUGCAUCAGAAAUUUGCACUUUUACGAGAACAUGUUGUUUGUGAUAUAUAAAGUGUGAGCAGAUACAGUGGAGCUAUGCUUUCCGCUGUCAUGUGAGUGUUGGUCGUAAAAGGUUUAUGAAAUAUACAGACUUCUGAUUAUGCAUACUUAAACAAAUAAAUGUACCUGUAACUUU